GCCGGGGCGGACAGGAGCGCAGCGCGCAUGCGCAGCGGCGACGGUGUCCGCCAUGGCACCCUCACAGCGGGUGCGGGUGCUGCGCUGCUGUAGUUGUCGCCUCUUCCAGGCGCACCAGGAGAAAAAGAGUCUCAAGUGGACAUGCAAAGCUUGUGGAGAGAAGCAGUCAUUUUUGCGGGAAGUGAAAUGGAUGGAGCAGUGGCUGGAAAAUGAAGGCAGGCCCCUAGUCUGCCGGCCCGAGAGCAGGGCAGUAGGUGGAACAGAGAGCGAGAAGUGUGGGAGCCCCGAGGUGGAGAGGAGGCAGCAGCAGUGCAGGCAGGGGGACCUUCCCUCCCAUCCCUUGGUCCUGCCAGGACACGGUUCUCUUCUCUCGCUUCCAUUGCAGGACCACGCUGGCCUGGCCGGGAAGGUCAUGGAAGGUGGCAGCCACAAGGAUGGGGGCACCGGGGAGCUUUCUGUUCCUCAGGGGGGUCCUCCACGUCCGGCCCCGCAGCUAAGAGCCACGUCAUCCAAGUGGGAUCGCUUCCUUCUGCUGCCUGGAAAUGGCCCACGUGUGGACACGGAGCCCCCAGUACCCCUGCACAGAGACCCCAGGCCAGCCGGGGCAGCACUGCCUGAGCAGGGGACCCCAAGGGAAGGGCGCCCCAGCAGGCCCCUCAGUGCACCCAAGCUUCCCUGGCCCACACACACUCUCACAUCGGGGUCCCAGAGGCCCUGCGGAAAGCCCCCCGGACAGCCACAGGACACUGGUCCUCUGGCAAAGGGCAGGCCCACGGUCACAGGGGUACAAGAGCCCCCACUCGUGCGACUGUGUGACCUCUUUGAAACUGGUGAGGACUUUGAGGACGACCUGUGA